AGGAACACACCAGCAUAGAUCAUUACAGAGAACCAACAAACAUGACACCAAUAGUAUUGAUUUCCUUUGCCCUAUUCGGACUCGUUGCAUCGGAGGCCGGUGAAAAAGGAUACAGUCCCAAACAUAACCUGAAAACAUAUGGAAAUCCAUUCGGACCAGGUAAUAUUGGUAGUUUGGGAUACCAAGGACAUGGUAGAUUUGGAUAUCCAUCUUAUGGUAGAUCAGGAUACGGAUACGGGGGAUAUUCCAACAAUGCAUAUGGUAACGGUUCACCAUUAAACAUUGGCGGAUAUGCUGCAUACAAUGGAUAUAGUAUUCAAAGUGGAUAUCCUGGAUACGGAUAUUUACAUGGCAGAGGAUUGAACGGAUUCAGUGGAAAUAGAAAUUACGGUGUUUACGGUAAAAAUAUCGGACCUUUCAAUGGUAAUGGAUUCGGUCGAGGACUUGGAGGAUUUAACAAUUUAAAUGGUUAUGGAGCAUAUAGUAUAAAUGGGGCAUACGGUGGUGUUAACAAUUACGGAACAUAUGGUAUUGGUGGUUUGAAUGGUUUUGGAUCAUAUGGGGGUUUAAAUGGUAUCGGAUCAUAUGGUGGUUUGAACGGUUUUGCAUCAUAUGGUAUUGGUGGUAUUGGUAGUUUAAAUGGUUUUGGAUCAUCUGGUUUUGGUGGUUUGAAUGGUUAUAGAUCUCAUGGUAUUGGUGGUUUAAAUAGUUUUGGAUCAUACAGUAUUGGUGGUUUGAAUGGUAAUGGUGUUGGUGUCAAUGGUGGACUAAUAAAUGGUAGACGAGGUCUAAAUGGAUUGAGCAGUUUUGGUAAAUUUGGAGGUAAAAAAGGAACAUAUUAGGAUCCAAGAAGUCCAUGAUGAAUUGAUGUCAAUGUUUUACAGUUUUUUUUAUAAUGGUUUAUGUAUAUUAAAAUAAA